AUGUUUGCUCCCGAACGACAUCCUGUCUCUGAAGCAGGUCCUUCUGCAAGGCUCCGGCAGAGGUACGGUCUGGCAGCAGACUACAAACAGCCUGAUGACUCUGAAUAUGACGACUCUGAAUAUGACGACUCAGAGCCUGACGACUCAGAACUUGACGACCCAGAACUUGACGACUCGGAAGGCACAGCCUCGGAUAGCGAUACUCCAGCUUUCGGGCCGGCUUCUCGGCCAGCUUUCGGGCAGGAUCCAGUCAAUGUCUCCGAAGCGUUCAACUGUUUGGCCGUCAGUGACCUCGAAGCCAGCCCCGAAGACGCUGCCACAUCACCGGACAGGACAUGUCGCUUUGACGAUGAGGAUGCCGAAUACCUAUCGCCGGACUCGGAACUGGACUGGGAAAAUGCCCCUUUCGAUUACGACGUGAUUUUCGAAGCCUCUCGGGGUCAGACGGUUCCGUCCGAGGUUGGCCUUCCCGACGGCACCCCUGUCCUUAGGGCAUUCGUCCCGCGCCUUGCCAGACAAGUCGCCGGUGCCAUCGCAAACCAGGCGCAGGCUGUACACGGCCAGGUUGUUGACGCCUACAACGGAGGGGUGGCCGGGGUCGGGCAAGCGGCGCAGGUUGCCCAGGUCGUUGCGCGGGAGGUAGAACGGAACGGGUUGGUGAUGGCUCAGGAGGCCCUGCGCCUAGGCAACGGCAUCUCGAGGAUGCUGCAACAGCGCUGGCCCGGCCUCUUGCGUGCCACGGGUGAGGAUGGUUGGAUGGACAGGGUCGCCGAGGCGGUGGUGCAGGCAGCUGCGUUGAUGCCGCCGCGAGAGCGACAGAUGGCACUGGCCAGGAACGGGCAACGGUGA